GCGCCGCCAUUUUGGGUUGUGUGGGUUGUCUGGACGUUCGCAGUGCUUUCACCUAGGUGCUUAUAGCGGCCUCCCUCCGGGCCGUUCCGCACAUCACAGGUCACGGCACGCGUCCGGGUGUCAGGUUGGAGCUGGGAAGCGUCCCUGGGGGUAGCGGCGGCGGGGGCAGGAUGAGCGCGGAGGCGGCGGACCGGGAGGCGGCCACCUCCAGCCGGCCCUGCACCCCGCCGCAGACCUGCUGGUUCGAGUUCCUGCUGGAGGAGUCGCUGUUGGAGAAACAUCUGCGCAAGCCCUGCCCGGAUCCUGCACCAGUUCAACUUAUUGUUCAGUUUUUGGAACAGGCUUCCAAACCUUCAGUUAAUGAACAAAACCAGGUUCAGCCUCCACCUGAUAACAAGAGAAAUCGUAUUUUAAAGCUGCUUGCUCUUAAAGUUGCUGCACAUUUGAAGUGGGACUUAGACAUAUUAGAGAAAAGUUUGUCUGUUCCAGUGCUGAAUAUGCUGCUGAACGAACUCCUCUGCAUCAGCAGAGUUCCUCCUGGGACAAAGCACGUAGACAUGGAUCUGGCCACUUUACCUCCAACCACCGCCAUGGCUAUCCUUCUCUACAACAGAUGGGCAAUUAGGACAAUUGUUCAAAGUAGUUUUCCUGUCAAACAGGCGAAACCGGGACCCCCUCAGUUAAGUGUUAUGAAUCAGAUGCAGCAGGAAAAAGAAUUAACAGAAAAUAUUUUGAAAGUGCUGAAAGAACAAGCUGCUGAUUCUAUUUUGGUACUAGAGGCGGCCCUUAAAUUAAACAAGGAUCUUUAUGUCCACACCAUGAGAACUCUAGAUUUAUUGGCCAUGGAGCCAGGCAUGGUAAAUGGGGAAACUGAGAGUUCUACUGCUGGAUUGAAAAUCAAAACUGAGGAAAUGCAGUGCCAGGUGUGUUACGAUUUGGGUGCAGUAUACUUCCAGCAAGGCUCUACAAAUUCAGCUGUCUAUGAAAAUGCCAGAGAAAAAUUUUUUAGAACCAAAGAACUAAUUGCAGAGAUAGGUUCAUUAUCUCUUCAUUGUACCAUAGAUGAGAAGCGGUUAGCUGGCUAUUGUCAAGCAUGUGAUGUUCUUGUACCUUCUUCUGACAGUACAUCUCAUCAGUUGACUCCAUAUAGUCAAGUCCAUAUUUGUUUGAGAUCUGGAAACUAUCAGGAAGUAAUAAAGAUUUUCACUGAAGAUAACUUAACCUUUAGUUUACCUGUCCAGUUCCGACAGUCAGUGCUGAGAGAACUGUCUCAGAAAGCUCAACAGGGAAAUGAAGCUCUAGAUGAAAUCUGUUUUAAGGUCUGUGCCUGUAACACAGUCCGGGAUAUACUGGAAGGUAGAACAAUUAGUGUUCAAUUUAACCAGCUAUUUCUUAGAUCUAAUAAAGAGAAAAUAGACUUUCUUCUUGAGGUAUGUUCAAGAUCAAUAAAUUUAGAAAAAUCUUCAGAUUUGUUGAAAGGAAACAUGGCUGCUUUUCUGAAGAAUGUUUGUCUGGGGUUGGAAGAUCUGCAGCAUGUUUUCAUGAUUUCUUCACAUGAGCUUUUCAUUACAUUGUUGAAAGAUGAAGAACGAAAGCUACUUGUUGAUCAGAUGAGGAAGAGAUCCCCUAGAGUAAAUCUGUGCAUUAAGCCUGUAACUUCAUUUUAUGAUAUCCCAGCUUCAGCAAGUGUCAAUAUCGGCCAGUUGGAGCACCAGCUUAUAUUAUCAGUGGAUCCCUGGAGGAUUCGACAGAUUUUAAUUGAAUUACAUGGUAUGACUUCAGACCGCCAAUUCUGGACGGUGUCUAAUAAGUGGGAAGUACCUUCUGUUUAUAGUGGUGUUAUCCUGGGAAUUAAAGACAAUUUAACAAGAGAUUUGGUUUAUAUUCUCAUGGCAAAAGGUUUGCACUGCAGUACUGUUAAGGACUUUGCCCAUGCUAAACAGCUAUUUGCUGCUUGUUUGGAGUUGGUGACAGAGUUUUCACCAAAACUUCGUCAGGUCAUGCUGAACGAGAUGCUGCUUUUGGAUAUUCAUACAUAUGAAGCUGGAACAGGACAAUCAGGAGAGAGACCUCCUUCCGACCUUAUAAGUAGGGUUCGGGGAUAUCUGGAAAUGAGACUUCCUGAUAUUCCUCUUCGUCAGGUUAUAGCUGAGGAGUGUGUUGCUUUUAUGUUAAAUUGGAGGGAAAAUGAAUACCUUACACUGCAAGUUCCUGCAUUUCUGCUUCAGAGUAAUCCGUAUGUAAAGCUUGGACAGCUUUUGGCAGCUACCUGCAAAGAACUUCCAGGCCCUAAAGAAAGUAGACGGACUGCUAAAGACCUUUGGGAAGUUGUCGUUCAGAUCUGUAGUGUGUCCAGUCAGCACAAACGAGGAAAUGAUGGCAGAGUUAGUUUAAUAAAGCAGAGAGAAUCUACACUAGGUAUAAUGUAUCGGAGUGAACUGCUUUCUUUUAUUAAAAAAUUACGGGAACCAUUGGUUUUGACUAUCAUCUUAUCACUUUUUGUGAAACUCCACAAUGUUCGGGAGGACAUUGUGAAUGAUAUUACAGCUGAACACAUUUCUAUUUGGCCAUCCUCCAUUCCCAACCUCCAGUCAGUGGACUUUGAAGCUGUGGCAAUCACAGUGAAAGAGCUGGUUCGGUAUGCACUCAGUAUAAAUCCAAACAACCAUUCCUGGUUAAUUAUUCAGGCCGACAUUUAUUUCGCGACAAAUCAGUAUUCGGCAGCUCUUCACUAUUACCUCCAGGCAGGAGCUGUGUGUUCUGAUUUCUUUAAUAAGGCUGUGCCCCCUGAUGUUUAUACAGACCAGGUGAUAAAACGAAUGAUAAAGUGUUGUUCUUUGCUGAAUUGCCACACACAGGUGGCAAUUUUAUGUCAGUUCCUCAGAGAAAUAGACUACAAAACAGCCUUUAAAUCACUGCAGGAACAAAACAGUCAUGAUGCUAUGGACUCCUACUAUGACUACAUAUGGGAUGUUACCAUUUUGGAAUACUUGACUUAUCUUCAUCAUAAAAGAGGAGAAACAGAUAAAAGACAGAUUGCGAUCAAAGCCAUUGGCCAGACAGAAUUGAAUGCAAGCAAUCCAGAAGAAGUGUUACAGCUGGCAGCACAGAGAAGAAAAAAAAAGUUUCUCCAAGCAAUGGCAAAACUUUACUUUUAAGCAGUUAAAAAUUUUAAACUUUUAUUUUUUUUUAAACAAUGGUCUAAAAAGAAACAGUAUUAAAAGAUUAAGUUUCUAUAAUACAUAUGUACACAUUUAGUGGUGUUUUCUUUUCAGACAAAAUACUGAAACAAAUAUUAGUUUAAAAAAAAAAACUAUACAGAAGACUUCAUACUUAAUAGCUUAAAUUUAUAACUUCUCCAAAAGAAGAAAAGAUUCACAUGUCUAUUAAUAAACUAGUAUAAUUUUUUUCUAAUUCUACCUGUGAGGCUGAAAUUCAUAAAAAACAAACCUAAUUUAAGAUAUGCAGAAGUAGCUAGUUUAUUAUAGCAAGUUCUUAUGUCAAGUUUUUUUUUUUUUAAAGUAAUAAAUAGAUUUCUAAGAGUCAGUAUACAUUUAAUACUCUUCUGCCUUAAGAAAAUAAAAGUUUAGGUCAAGUGUUAAGCUUUUUUCACUUUGACACUGUCCUUAUCUCAUAAUGUAGAUUUUUUUUUAAGGGCCUUAACAAUUUUGGGAACAUAAAUAAAGCCACAGUCACACUAAAUUAAAAAUCCUUAGGGACAUCUUAGAGUAAUAAAGUGACUUUUUCAUAUAAAUAGUUUUAAAAGGUACUUAAGUUUUUCACCCAAAUUGUGGUAUACAAAAAGGUUAUCAUAAAGCAACCUGUCAAAGCCCCAAGUAGGAGCCACAUUUAUCUUGUUUAUGAUUUCUUUGGUACUCCCACUGUUUAGAGCAGUUUCAACACCAUGUUCAUUUAAGCCUUUCUUAUUGUUAAAAAAUACAUUAUGGCAAGGCAAAUAAACUAGUUAAAAAACAGAUUAAAGUUUACCAUUUGUAAAAAUUCAAGUUUUAUAACAGCUUGCUACAGCAGCUGUAGAUAAAUUAUAGUUUACCUUGUUACAUAACUAAACCUUUGUAAACAAGUUUAAAUCUUAUUUUUAAGAACCAAAUUGCACUAGUCAAGAGUGCAUGAAUUUUGAGAAUCUAAAAGCUAGAUUCAAAGUACUAUAUUCACUUAAUGUACCCUUUAAGGUAGCACUUACCUAGUCCAAUACCCCAAUAAUAAAAUUCCUAGUUUAUCAAAAUAAACAUAGUAACACUGGAUCCAAGAAAAAUGUUGCUGUGGUAUAAAUCGCAGCUGGCUUCUAUCCAGUCACCUUGGGAAUGAAGUCAUCUCUGUAAACAAGUCCUGCUGUUUCUUUAAUGGCUAACAUAGGGAAUAAUUCCUUGGUACCAAUUCUGAGUGGCCUUUUAACCAAAGAACAGCAGUGUAACUUCUGGAUCGGCUAGGACAGUCACAGCAGUAUUUUGGUGUAAGACUUUAGUAGUUCAUUUGUAUGAAGUUCUACCAUAUACUUGGUCAAUUUCCACUUUUCUGCUUAGUAACUUUUUUAGUGUUUUCCUGGUGGUUUUUCGGUGCUCUUCGGCGGUGUCAUGAUGCCUCCAUUGCACACUGGUGACAGCUGUCCCCCUUUUCUGAAGUUGUUUAUAUAAUUUACUUCAUCCUACACAUAUGAAGAAAUCGUGCAGAUUUAGAGCUAAGAUAAAGCACUGAUACAGUUAAAGUCAAGCCAGAUACCUGGGUAUUUACUUGAGAACACUCAGACCUAAUAUAAUUUUCUCUUGUGUCUGUGUAACUGAAUGGUCAAACUGUCAAAGUUUCCGACAGUUUGAACUGCCUGUAACUAUAUAUAUAUAUAUUUUUUUUUUUUUUUUACUCUUACAUGGACUAUUGGCAUUGAUUUUGAGACAAUUCAUAAGUCUUGCUUUGACUUCUAAUUUUUCUAAAUUGUGAAUUCAGUAUGGAUUUCACAGAAUAGUAUAUUCUGUCUCCUUGCCAUUUUAUAUAACUGCCUGAAGUAUUAUUCCAUAGCAGCUUUUCUAUCAGUUUCUAUGACUUACUAAAUAAUAAGACCAAAAAAAAAACAACAAAAAACAUACCAACAUAACUAGAUAAUUUGAAUGUGUCUGGAUGUUGUGUCUAUCUUCCACAGGAACCUUCUUAAAAGCCUUCAGCUUCACUGGACUAGUACCUUUUAUUACAUUGACAAAAGGCACCAUCCAGUCUACACAUUCAGAAAUGUUGUCCCAUUCCAAACCUAGAUAGAGAAAAGUUAGAAAAAAUGUGAUGGUUACAUCAGAAACUAACUUAUGACUAAUAUACUGCUUCUCAAUUUUAAGAUCGUUAUUUUAAAGCUCAUUUUUAAAAGAAAAAAAAUCACAAAGUUUAGUAAAUCAAAACAAAUUAUCACUUUCAGACUGUUUAUGAUGACUAUUUUGAAGGGGGAGGGGACUUCAGAGUUUAACUAGAAAUUUCUACAUAUGAAGUUGUCAAUCUCAAGUCAGGAAAAUAGUGAAUCAUGUCAGUUCACUUUAAAUGUCUUUAAGUUCCAUUUGACCUCAUUUUUUUGCUUUUGGGUAUAAACUGAAGAUUAGAAAGUACUUCUAACAGAAAGGAAGGUAACACUGCUGCUGAAGUGUUUAUGCUAAAGUUCAUAAAUUGAUAGUCCUUUUAAAAGUUGUGAACAGGUGAGACAAUAAUAGGAUAUAGAGUUUUACCUGAGGCUUUCUUAACCACUUCAAUAGAGGUAAAAUGGCACAAGGCAGCAGCAGCCAAUACUCUGUACUGGAACUCUAAUGAAUCGAUGGCUAGAAUACACAGAUCUAAAAGCUAACAAAGGAAAAGCAAAAUUACAAGUAAUUCAGGAAGAGAAGGCUGAGGACUACAUGAUCCUACUAAACAUCAGUAAAGAAAAGCUCUAGGGAUCUAAAGACAAAUAACCCACCACCCUGAAGGAACUCAAGUCUUGGGAUUGUGGGUCAGGGAGCGAACGGACAAAAAAUGUUAGGGUGCCGCGUGAUGUGUACUGGUAGGAAGAGCAUCUAAUCCCAACUGCAGAAGACAAGGCUUAUGAUGCCUUAAAUGAGUGUUAAAGACAAAGCAGCUGGGAAGACUGGGAGGUAGAGAAGGUUCUGGAUAUGAGAAACAGCAUUUGCAAAGUGAAAAAGCUUUGCUUUUCCUUGAAACUGAAGUAGCUCAGAACUAAGUUAAAAAGUAUGAAAUAAACAAGUAUAUUUUCUUCAUUCCUUACUACUACUACUAAUUAAAAAAAAAAAACCUGGAGAGAGGCAUGUGGCCUAGACUAGACCAUAAAAAGGGGCUGUCAAUAUUAAGAACUGUAGGCUGAUUGAAUCUACUGGAGGAUUUUAAGGAAAGUUUUACGAGUGAACGGAUUCUGACAUAUUAGCGUUCAUAAUAUGCUGACUAGAUUUAAAACACAAAUUUCAACCUUGGUUACUUAAUACCCCAAAGGUACCACAUUCCUUAAAUUCCCUAUGCCGAUUUUCUUCACUUUCACAAAAUGGCAGCCUAAAGACACAUGAGUAGGCAAGAAAGAAUGGAUCCCUCUCUAACUGGUCAUUUUGUUAGAAAGUUUGUUAUAGUCUGGCCUAGAAAAGUUUAUUUGAACUUAAGUUUUAAAAAAAAAAAAAAAAUCCUGCAACAAAA